CUCGGCGCACGUUAGCUCGCUCCCCUCCCACCAUUCCAUUUCCUUCGUCGCCCCUUCCCCUCGCAGCUUCCCUCACCUCCACCAUUCCUCUCCCCCCACCUCUCAAAACCCUAACCCUAGAUUUAGAAUUCCCGCAACCGCUCCAAAUCUCCACGCUUUAGUUCACUCUCUCAAUUCACUCCAAACCCUGCUCUUUUGAAAACCCUAGCCUCCGAUUCCAACGCGCAAACCUCGUCUUCUCCUAUGUAUCCCAUAGAUUGAUCGCAAAGGCUUAAGAUUCAUGGCGCUGCUUCUUCGGAAGGUGUGGGGAUCCGUCCUCACCCGAUCCGGCUCGACAUCGAGCUCGGGAUCGCGCUCGAUCCGGAGUAGCUCGGAUCUCGGGGAGGAUCCGAAUUCGUCGAUGGGGGCGUUCGAUUUAAUCCCCACCGACGUGUUCAUGCAGAUCCUGCGGCUGCUCGGGCCGCGGGAGGCGGCGAGGAGUAGCCUCGUGUGCAGGGCGUGGAGGGCGCUGGUUGCCGACAAUCGGCUGUGGAUCUUCUUCCUCCAGAACGGGAAGGAGCCGUGGGAUUGCGUCGUCUUCGCCGAGACGCACUUGAGGGGCGGAUCGCCUUACUUGACAUACUAUGGCCAUACCCCACAACUAUCAUUUAUGCGAAUUUAUGCACAACGUGCUGUCAUUCCAGGUUCUGUUAUUGUUGAUGGUGGAUCGGGUUAUUGCAAGUUUGGUUGGAGCAAGUAUUCCUCUCCCUCUGGACGCUCAGCAACUUUUUUGGAAUUUGGCAACAUUGAGUCACCAAUGUAUGCAAGGCUUCACCAUUUCUUUUCUACAAUUUAUACAAGGAUGCGUGUGAAGCCAUCCUCUCAGCCAAUCAUUGUAAUCAUUCCAAUCUGCCAUUGUGAUGAUACUGAAUCUGCUAGGGCAUCUCGAAAACAGUACAGAGAGACAAUAUACUCUGUCCUAUUUGAUAUGAAUGUUCCUGCUGUCUGUGCCAUUGACCAAGCAGUCUUAGCUUUGUAUGCUGCAAAAAGGACGUCUGGGAUUGUUGUCAAUAUUGGUUUUAAUGUCACCUCUGUUGUUCCUAUCUUUCAAGGUAAAGUGAUGCGUGAGAUUGGUGUCGAAAUUGUGGGACAAGGUGCCUUAAAACUUACUGGAUUUCUCAGGGAGCUAAUGCAACAGAGAAAUAUGAAUUUUGAGUCCCUGUACACUGUUCGAACCAUCAAGGAGAAGCUAUGCUAUGUAGCUGUUGAUUAUGAUGCAGAACUACGUAAAGAUACACAAGCUUUGUGUCAGAUACCUGGUGAAGGUUUGUUUACUCUGUCGAAAGAACGGUUCCAAACGGGAGAGAUCCUUUUCCAGCCACAGAUGGGAGGGGUGCGUGCAAUGGGUUUGCAUCGAGCAGUAGCUCUCUGUAUGGAUCACUGCUUCAAUGCGGAGAUUGUGAGUGAUGAUGGUUGGUACAAGACAGUGGUUUUGGCUGGUGGAACUUCAUGUUUACCUGGCUUACCGGAGAGGUUAGAGAAAGAGCUCCACAAGAUUCUUCCACCAUCCAUGUCUGAGGGAGUAAAGGUUCUUCCCCCUCCAUAUGGUGUUGAUUCUGCCUGGUUUGGCGCGAAGAUCGUUAGCAAUGUGAGCACGUUCAUUGAUGCAUGGUGCAUGACGAAGAAACGGUUCCGUCAGAAGUUUCGACGUAAUACAAGUGGGAGAACGUGGUAAUUUUCAAGCACUGGAAAUGUGAGGACUCCUUUUGGUUGAAGCUAAAAAAAUCAUACUACAGAAGCCAGGAGAUAUGACCUCCUCUUGCACUCUUUUCCAUACUUGUUAAAUUGCUUUGUUGGUACUGAACUUUUAGUCAAGUUUCACCUUUGGUCCUCAAAUUUAAGUUGGUCCUUUGGCACCCUGAACUUUUGGUAGUGUUUCACUUUAGUCUAUGCUUUAGAGAAAAAAAAUAAUUUGUUUAACCUAAAGUAUUUGAAAUACAUCCAUCGGCCCUUCAUUCAUCUCGUAUAUUCAGUUAAAUUGUCUGAUUUCAAGUAAAUGAGAGGUUGCAAUCCAAUGGAUAGUAUUGGGGAAAAUAUGAGAUGGGUUUCGACGGCCGAUCUGAUGAUGGUGCCAGGAUGAAAGGAUCAGCCUGGUGUUGACAAUUUCUUAAUUAGUGGUUAAUCCUGAUAGGGACUAUUUUGAAAGUUAUGGUGUCGAAUGUUGUACCUAAAGGUUUGAGAGGACCAAAGUAAAACUUUGAUUAAAAAUUUCGGUAACCAGUGGUGCAAGUUACCCUCGUUGAAUUUCAUUGCAUUGCUAAAUCCUUGCUGUGUACAAAUAGGUUGCACUACAAUAUUGUGUAAAUAAGCAUCAACUAGAAGAGAUGAUAGGAGAACUCAAAUUAUCAUGACAACUCACAGCUGCUAUAAACAUCGUCGGUCAUAAGCAUGUAUUAUGUCGCAGCUGUGUCUGUAUUUUCUUAAAUACUUAUGUUGCAAAGAAAUAAAUUCGAUAUGUUUUUCUCGCUUGUAA